AUGUUGGAUUUGUCUGAUGAGGAUAGUAGUGCCCCUGAUAGUGAGCUAGUGCCAUCUUCUUUGGCCGCUCUCGCUCCUAUUCUUCGCGUCGCUAAUGAGAUUGAAAAGGAAAAUCCGCGUGUCGCCUAUCUCUGCCGAUUCCAUGCAUUUGAGAAGGCUCAUCAUAUGGAUAAAACGUCGAGUGGACGUGGAGUCCGACAGUUCAAGACCUAUCUGCUGCAUAGGCUUGAGAAGCUUAUGGAACCUCUUGGGUUGGAUACUCAUAAAAGGGGUGUGGGUGUGGCAAUUAGCGCUAACAGUAUUGAAUUAGAUGAACAGUGUGGUGCCUGGAAGAAUGGUUUAUGUUAUCUAUGGAAUUGUUUCUCGGUUGAAGAAGAUGAAACAAGGCCUCAGCUUGCAAGAAAUGAUCCAAGAGAAAUUCAGUUGUAUUACCAAAAAUUCUAUGAGCAGAACAUCAAAGAUGCACAACACACAAAAAAACCGGAGGAGAUGGCUAUGAUUCUUCGCAUUGCUACAGUAUUAUAUGAUGUGCUGCAAACGGUUGUACCUACAGGAAAAGUUGACAAUGAGACACGAAAAUAUGCUGAGGAUGUUGAGAGGAAAAAGGGACAGUAUGAACACUACAACAUUCUUCCAUUAUAUGCUGCUGGGGUACAACCAGCAAUCAUGGAACUUCCAGAGAUCAAAGCUGCACGUCAAGCUCUACAUAAUGUUGAUAAUCUUCCAAUGCCCAGAAUUAGGCUGCCACAUGAUUUCCGUGAUGACUCGCAUCAGGAAAGGGUUAAAUCUGUCAAUGACAUACUCGAUUGGCUUUCAUCUAUUUUUGGGUUUCAGCGAGGAAAUGUGGCAAAUCAGAGGGAGCACCUGAUAUUGCUACUAGCCAAUAUGGAUGUAAGGAAUAGGAAUCUUGACAAUUAUACUGAGAAACAAGUCUUCCAUCUUACUAGGGUUGCUGAUGCUCACCAGUGGUAUCAGAAAUUGGAUUCUAUAUAUCCCAACCCAGAUGACAAUGUAUCAAACGAUGGUCAAAUGGCACAUGAAGUCUAUGGAAUAUUAUAUAGCAAUGUGCAUCCUGUCAGUGGGGAGACAUAUGAAACAGCAGCACCUGAUGAUGAAGCCUUUCUGAGGAACGUUAUAACCCCAAUCUAUCAGGUUUUGCGCAAGGAAGCAAGGAGAAACAAAGGAGGCAAGACUAGCCAUUCAAAAUGGAGAAAUUAUGAUGACCUAAACGAGUACUUCUGGUCUGGCAAGUGUCUUGACUUAAGUUGGCCUAUGGACCUUCGAGCAGAUUUUUUUGUUCAUUCUGAUGAGAUGCCACCAGCAAGUGAGAGAUCUAACCAAGGCACUGGUGGAAAGAGGAAGCCUAAAACUAAUUUUGUUGAAGUCCGCACUUUUUGGCAUCUCUUUAGAAGUUUUGACCGAAUGUGGAUAUUUUUUAUAUUGGCUUUGCAGGCUAUGAUAAUUAUUGCAUGGAGUCCUUCUGGAUCCAUUGCAUCCUUUUUCGAUGAGGAUGUCUUCAGAAGUGUUUUGAGCAUUUUUGUCACUUCUGCAUUCCUUAAUCUUCUGCAAGCUUCUCUGGAUAUAAUUCUGAGUCUUAAUGCAUGGAGGAGCUUAAAAGUCACACAGAUACUACGGUACCUUCUGAAGUUUGCUGUGGCUGCUGCAUGGGCUGUGGUUCUGCCAAUUGGUUAUUCCAGCUCUGUGCUGAAUCCAACAGGACUUGUAAAGUUUUUUAGCACUUGGUCUAUGGAUUGGCAGAAUCAGUCAUUUUAUACUUAUGCUGUUGCAAUUUAUUUGAUACCCAAUAUGUUGGCUGCUAUACUUUUUGUGCUUCCACCUUUACGGAGAACCAUGGAACGUUCAAACUGGCGGAUUGUUACUAUCUUUAUGUGGUGGGCUCAGGCAAGAAUAUCUAGAACUGUUACUUCACACUCAGCUGUUUCUGUGCAUCCAAAACUAUAUGUAGGAAGAGGCAUGCAUGAGGAUCCAUUCUCACUUUUGAAAAACAGUAAUCCUACUAUGGGAAAGUAUGGUGAGAGUGCUAAACUUUUUAUGUAUAACAUUGGUGUUGUUAUCUCAAUAUGGACUCCUAUUCUUCUGGUUUAUUUUUUGGAUGCACAAAUAUGGUAUGCCAUAUUUUCUACUCUUGUUGGUGGGAUUCAAGGAGCCUUCAGCCAUUUGGGUGAGAUAAGGACCCUAGGGAUGUUACGGUCCAGAUUUGAUUCCGUGCCUUCAGCUUUCAGUCGUCAUCUUGUGCCAUCAUCAAACAGGGAUGCUAACAGGAAACAUUUUGAUGAGCAGCAGGAAAGAAAAAAUAUUGCAAAUUUUUCACAUGUGUGGAAUGGGUUCAUACAGUCUUUGAGAGGGGAGGAUCUGAUCAGCAAUCAUGAAAGAAGCUUGCUACUUGUGCCAUAUUCUUCAAAGGAUGUCUCAGUCAUCCAGUGGCCUCCUUUUUUGCUUGCUAGCAAGAUUCCUAUAGCAUUGGACAUGGCAAAAGAUUUCAAGGGAAAGGAGGAUGCUGAGUUAUAUAAGAAGAUGGAUGAAUAUAUGCAAUCAGCAUUGAUAGAGUGUUAUGAAGCAUUGAGUGACAUAAUAGAGGGGCUUUUGGAAGAUGAUGCGGAUAAGUUGAUUGUCAGAGAAAUAUGUAAUGAGAUAGAUGAGAGCAUACAACAGAAUCAUUUUUUGAAUGAAUUCCGGAUGAGCGGAUUGCCUAUGCUUAGUGACUAUUUGGAGAGAUUUCUAAGAGUCCUGAUAGGUGAUCAUGACAAUGAUGACAUUUACCAAUCUCAGAUAAUUAAUGGUCUCCAGUCUAUUAUAGAAGUUAUCACUCAGGAUAUUAUGACGCAUGGCCAUGACAUUCUGGAAAGAGCUCACUCAAGCACCUCAAGGGAUCAUAGUAUGAAAGAACAGAGGUUUGGAAGGAUAAAUAUGACACAUAGAGAUACCAAGUAUUGGAAAGAGAAGGUUACUAGGCUUCAUUUACUUUUGACCACCAAGGAAUCUGCCAUAAAUGUGCCAUCGAACUUAGAUGCUCGCCGCCGAAUCACUUUCUUUGCAAAUUCCUUAUUUAUGAACAUGCCGAAGGCUCCAAAAGUCCGAGACAUUGUUUUGACUCCCUAUUACAAAGAAGAUGUUCUUUAUUCUGAUGAAGAACUUCAUAAGGAAAAUGAAGAUGGGAUAACAAUUUUGUUCUACCUAAAGACCAUAUAUCGCGGUGAGUUUCAGACCAGUUCCUGCAUCACACUUUGGUCUUCUAUAAUGGGGUUAAACUCACCAAGAACAAAUGAAUACAAAACAGAUGAGUGGAAAAAUUUUGAGGAACGCAUAGAUGAUCCGAAAAUUAAAUGCUCUUACAAGGAGCAGAUGGAGCUUACUCGUCAGUGGGUAUCCUACAGGGGGCAGACCCUUGCUAGAACAGUGAGGGGGAUGAUGUACUAUAAGCAAGCCCUAGAACUUCAAUGCCUUUUGGAAAAAGCAGGAGACAAUGCUGUUUUGGAUGGCUUCCGUACCUUGGAACCGGAGCAGUAUCAAAAAACUUACUUAGAUGAUGCACAAGCUCUGGCUGAUUUGAAGUUCACCUAUGUUGUUUCUUGUCAGGUGUAUGGGGAUCAGAAAAAAUCCAGUGAAUCCCGGGACCGAAGUUGUUACAGUAAUAUUCUGAAUUUAAUGUUAACGAAUAAAUCGCUGCGUGUUGCUUACAUAGAUGAAAGAGAGGUCACAGUGAAUGGAAAAUCUCAAAAGUGGUAUUACUCUGUUCUUGUCAAAGGGGGUGACAAGUAUGAUGAGGAAAUCUACCGAAUCAAGCUUCCAGGUCCUCCGACAGAUAUUGGUGAAGGAAAACCUGAAAAUCAAAAUCAUGCCAUUAUUUUUACUCGUGGAGAAGCCCUACAGACUAUAGACAUGAAUCAGGACAAUUACUUUGAAGAAGCUUUUAAAAUGAGAAAUGUGUUGGAGGAGCUUAAAAAAUCUCAUCGUAGGAAACAAAAACCUACGAUUUUGGGUCUAAGGGAGCAUAUUUUUACGGGAAGUGUUUCAUCGCUUGCUUGGUUCAUGUCCAAUCAGGAGACCAGCUUUGUGACUAUCGGCCAACGUGUUUUGGCUAGUCCUCUAAGGGUACGGUUCCACUAUGGCCAUCCUGAUAUAUUUGACAGAAUCUUCCACAUUACAAGGGGUGGCAUAAGCAAAGCUUCAAGAACAAUAAAUUUAAGCGAGGAUAUAUUUGCAGGAUACAACACAACUCAACGUGGAGGAUAUGUAACACAUCAUGAAUAUAUCCAAGUAGGAAAAGGGCGUGAUGUGGGGAUGAAUCAAAUAUCAUCUUUUGAGGCAAAGGUUGCAAAUGGAAAUGGAGAGCAGACCCUUAGCCGUGAUGUUUAUCGACUGGGGCGCCGUUUUGACUUCUAUAGGAUGCUCUCGUUCUACUUUACAACAGUUGGUUUCUAUUUCAGUAGCAUGGUAACUGUGCUUACUGCAUAUGUGUUCUUAUAUGGACGCUUAUAUAUGGUAAUGAGUGGAUUAGAAAGGGAGAUUCUUAUGGACCCGAGCAUAAACGAGAGCAAGGCCCUUGAACAGGCUUUGGCUCCUCAAUCCAUUUUUCAGCUAGGCUUGUUGCUAGUGUUACCCAUGGUUAUGGAAAUUGGUUUGGAGAAAGGGUUCCGCACUGCUCUGGGUGAUUUUAUCAUUAUGCAGCUACAGCUUGCCUCAGUGUUCUUUACAUUCCAGCUUGGAACUAAAGCACAUUAUUAUGGAAGAACAAUUUUGCAUGGCGGUUCCAAAUAUCGAGCUACUGGGCGUGGCUUUGUUGUUUUCCAUGCAAAGUUUGCGGAAAACUACAGGCUAUACUCACGAAGUCACUUUGUUAAGGGAUUGGAACUAGUUAUACUGUUGGUCUUGUAUGAAGUCUAUGGGGAAUCAUAUCGCAGUUCAAGUCUUUAUUUGUUCGUCACGUUGUCCAUGUGGUUCCUGGUUGGAUCCUGGUUGUUUGCUCCAUUUGUUUUCAAUCCAUCUGGAUUUGACUGGCAAAAAACAGUGGAUGAUUGGACAGAUUGGAAAAGGUGGAUGGGCAAUCGUGGUGGUAUAGGGAUUCCACCUGAUAAAAGUUGGGAAUCGUGGUGGGGUGAAGAACAAGAACAUCUCAGAUACACGAAUAUCAGGGGAUGGUUGGUUGAAAUAAUCCUUGCAUUUCGCUUCUUUAUCUAUCAAUAUGGCAUUGUCUACCACCUUGAUAUAGCUCAUCACAGUUUAUGGACUUUCAUGGAUAGUUAUGAUAACUGCUCUUUUAGUCCUCAAGAUGGUAUCAAUGGGGAGACGAAAAUUCCGUACAGACUUUCAGCUCAUGUUCAGGAUUCUCAAGGCACUCCUAUUUCUCGGCUUCAUAUUGGACAAGCAUGCAGGCCGUUGUUUGAGUGGAUAGGAUUAUGGGAUUCAAUAAAGGAGCUAGGAAGGGCAUACGAGUAUAUCAUGGGCUUAUUGCUUUUCAUGCCAAUAGCCAUCUUGUCAUGGUUCCCAUUUGUCUCAGAGUUCCAGACUCGCCUGCUCUUCAAUCAAGCAUUUAGUCGAGGCCUCCAAAUUUCUAUGAUUCUUGCAGGAAAGAAAGAUGGAGCUGAUACUGCAAAGAAAGAGGCAGCUGAUGCAGGAAAGAAAGACGGAGCUGAUACUGCAAAAAGAGGCAGCUGA